AUGUUAGAUAUUCUACAGUUUAUUGAAGAAAAAGGUGGUAACCCUCAGGCUAUUAGAGAAUCUCAGAAAAAGAGAGGUGCGUCAGUUGAGAUUGUUGAUGAAAUCAUCAAUGAAUACAAGGAAUGGGUCAGAUUGAGAUUCGUUGCUGAUGAACUAAACAAGAAGUUAAACAAGGUUCAAAAGGAAAUUGGACUAAAGUUUAAGGCAAAAGAAGAUGCUUCUGAGUUGUUGAAAGAAAAAGACUCCAUUAUUGCGGAAAAGAAGGCAGCUAUUGAAAGGGAACAGGCUGCAGAUAAACAACUCAGAAGUAAGGUCAACCAAGUUGGAAACAUUGUCCAUGAAUCUGUCGUUGUCUCUAACGAUGAAGAAAACAAUGAAUUAGUCAGAACAUGGACUCCAGAAGGUACUGAAUUCGAUAAAUUGACCAAUGUUGCUACUGCAACUGGUGCACCAGCUAAAUUAUCUCACCAUGAAGUUUUGCUUAGAUUAGAUGGUUACGAUCCUGAAAGAGGUGUCAAGAUUGUUGGUCACAGAGGCUACUUUUUGAGACAGUAUGGUGUUUUCCUCAACCAAGCUUUGAUUAACUACGGUUUAUCUUUCUUGGCAAAGAAAGGUUACACUCCUUUACAAGCGCCUGUUAUGAUGAACAAGGAUGUCAUGGCAAAGACUGCACAGUUGUCCGAAUUUGAUGAGGAAUUGUACAAGGUUACUGAUGGUGAUGAUGAGAAGUAUUUAAUUGCAACCUCUGAACAGCCAAUUUCUGCAUAUCAUUCGAACGAAUGGUUUGAAUCUCCAGCUGAACAGCUUCCAAUACAAUAUGUCGGCUACUCCUCUUGUUUCAGAAGAGAAGCUGGCUCGCAUGGUAAGGACGCAUGGGGUAUUUUCAGAGUUCACGCUUUCGAGAAAAUUGAACAAUUUUGUAUCACUGAACCAGAAAAAUCAUGGGAAAUGUUUGACAUUAUGAUUAACAACUCUGAAGAAUUCUACAAGUCCUUAGGUCUUCCAUACAGAGUCGUUGGUAUUGUCUCUGGUGAAUUGAACAAUGCAGCUGCCAAGAAAUUCGAUUUAGAAGCUUGGUUCCCAUUCCAAAAAGAAUUUAAGGAAUUGGUUUCAUGUUCUAACUGUACUGACUACCAAUCCAGAAAUCUUGAAAUCAGAUGUGGUAUCAAGACCCAAAAUCAAAAGGAUAAGAAAUACGUCCACUGUUUGAACUCUACUUUGUGUGCAACCGAAAGAGCUUUAUGUUGUGUUCUAGAAAACUAUCAAACUGAAGAUGGUUUAGUCAUUCCUGAAGUUUUGAGGAAGUACAUCCCAGGUGAGCCUGAAUUUAUCCCAUUUGUCAAGGAAUUACCAAAGAAUUCCACCUCUAACAAGAAGAAAUGA